GAUAUAUCGCAUGAUUUCGACGAGCGAUUCUGCUCUGCCUCACAAGCAAAACCAGAUGACAGCAUGAUUCAAAGUUUCCUCGUCGAUUGUCCACUCGAUACACCGAAAUAAUGAAUAAACUGAUCCAAAUAUGAAUUGAGUCGGAUUGUUAAUAAGUAGAAGGAAAAAUGAUUGGUGACACGGCGCAGAUCGACAAUAAGGAGCUCAUCGAAUGGAUCGAUGGCAUCCCAUUUUCUAGACCCGCGAGAAACUUAACGAGGGACUUCUCGGAUGCCGUUCUUACGGCGGAGGUUCUAAAAUUAUACUAUCCCCGACAUGUGGAGCUUCACAAUUAUGUUCCGGCGAAUAGCAUAAACACAAAAAAGGAGAACUGGAAGAUGCUAAAUCGAAAAGUGCUCGCGAAACUUGAUAUAAAAUUGAGCAGCGACACUAUUCAUCAACUGGCGAACGGGUCACAAGGCGCAGUCGAGAAGCUCUUAACAAAGUUGAGAGUGAAAGUUCUGAGGGACGGCGUUGAGAUGCAUAAACCGAAACUCAAAGAUGUAGAAAGCAAUGUAGAAGAAGAAAAGAUUGGAGACAGCUCGUCAGACAGCUAUCUCAAACUCCAAGUAGAAAGUCUAAAUACUGAUAACGAAACUCGUGAAAUUAAAUCAUCGAAAUUUAUGUGUCUCAAACGAGGGAUUUUUAUCGUCUUCAGUUGGAUUUUUUGCUUCUUCUGUAUAUGGAAUAUCUUUAAUUAUUGCACACUUCUUCGUUUCCGCAAGCGCGACGCGCUCGCAAACAUUACGACGAAGCGGAUUGAAGAUGCAAACGACGAAAAUGUGCAACGUACAAUUUACGCGGAGUUAAAGCAGGAGCUGCGUGAAAAGGAGGAAGUGAUAAGCACUUUGAAUCACAAGAUCGCAUAUCUGGAAAGUUCGAUGAAGCUCAAGGAUCUGCGCAUCUCCAGUCUGGCGGCACAGAUCCUGCAAAACGCCGUCGAAAUGGAUCAAUCAGCGAAAUCGCAAUCAAUCGAUGGCGCACGUACUAAAUUACGCUCGCGAUCGCACAAUUUUCACGAAGCCAAAACGAAUUAGACAUCCGUAGUAGUGCAAAACUGCAAUCUUAAUUAUGAAA